UCCCUUUACGCUCCUCGCCGCGCGCACGCGCCCUGCACCCGCCUCAGCCGCCGCUUUGUGCUCACCGCUCCCGCCGCGUCCGUUCCUCCUGCGCUUCCUCUCCGGUCCCUCCUCGGCGCGUUCCGGGCACAUAAAUAAAGAACUGUGUGGAGACUGCGACAUCGCAGGGUCGCCAUGGGCCGCUCCUCCAAGGACAAGCGCGACAUUUACUACAGGCUGGCCAAGGAGGGCGGCUGGAGAGCCCGCAGCGCCUUCAAACUGCUGCAGCUGGAGCAGCGCUUCCAGCUCUUCCAGGGGGUCCGCCGCGCCGUGGAUCUUUGUGCUGCCCCCGGGAGCUGGAGCCAAGUGCUGAGUCGGCACCUCAGGGGCUCCGAGGGGUCCCCAGCCCAGGUGGUGGCCGUGGAUCUCCAGGCCAUGGCGCCGCUCCCGGGGGUGCUGCAGAUCCAGGGGGACAUCACCAAGGCCUCCACAGCCCAGGAGAUCCAGCGGCACUUUGAGGGGCACCCGGCCGACCUGGUGGUCUGUGACGGGGCCCCUGACGUAACAGGGCUGCACGACCUGGACGAGUACAUCCAGGCCCAGCUGCUGCUGGCAGCGCUGAACAUCACCACCCAUGUGUUGAAGAAAGGUGGCACCUUUGUGGCUAAAAUUUUCCGGGGGAAGGAUGUGACCCUGCUCUACUCCCAACUGCGCCUCUUCUUCCCCGACGUCACCUGCGCCAAACCCCGCAGCAGCCGCAACUCCAGCAUUGAGGCUUUUGUGGUGUGCCGUGGCUACAGCCCCCCUGAGGGCUUCGUGCCCACCAUGGACAACCCCCUGCUGGACCCCGAGGCAGGCCUGGCCCUGUCCCAGCUCUCGGGGCCCUCCCGUGUCAUUGUCCCCUUCGUGGCCUGCGGGGACCUGAGCGCCUACGACCCCGACCGCACCUACCCCCUGCAGCUGGACCCAGACAAGCCCUACACCUACGUGCCCCCCCCUGCCCCCCCCAUCGCCCCUCCCUACGCCCGGGCCUGUCAGCUGCGCCGGGGGGGGGCCCGGAGACCCUCGUGGGGGGAUGAGGGGGACAAGCCAGAGCUGCAGGAGCCUGGAGUGGGGACCCCCUUGAGUGUGCAAGGACCCCCGAGCCAGGGGGAGGGACCCCCGAGCCAGGAGCUGCGCCGGCUCCGUCUCUUGGACUGAAACUGGUGCAAGAGCCCUCGUGGGUGUGCAAGGCACGGCCCCCCCGUGACGCAGCCCCCCAGGACCCCCCA